UACUGAUAUAUUAUUAAUGAAAAUUUAUCUUUUAAAAAGAUAUAAAUAUAUAUUUAUAACUUAAAGAAUUCGAUAUAAAAAAGUGACAUGAGUACAUCAAGUCAUAUUAAUGAUGAAAAUUUUGAAAUACAAAAUGAAAAAGAUGAAGAUUUUAAGAUCGAUAAUUAUGAAAAAGAAAUUGAUAGUGAUGAUUCCUAUUGUAAUAUUUCAGAAAGAAAUAAUGAUGAAAAUGCAGAAAAAAAUCAAGAUAAGAAAGAUAAUCAUUCUGAAAAUGAAUAUGUGGGACCAAUACUUUCUGGAGGCCAUAGGUUUGAUAAAAAGUUUAUCUGUGUUAAAUAUCCUGGAAAUGUCAUUAAUCCAGACAGAGCUAUAGAAACUUUAGGUGGCCUUCAAAGUAUAUCAACGGCAGUGAAUACUCCAAAUCGACGUUUAGAAUUAAGAUUUAGACCAGAUGAUAUUUAUUGUAAACCAACUUGUGCUGAUAGACAUAAAACUAAUGGUUUUUUGCUUAGAGUUAAAAUUAAAAAAUCUAGAAUAAAAAAAUUAGAAGAAGAUGAAGCCAAACAAAAAAAGAAACAACUAACAAAUAAUUUUAUGACUGAUGAUAAUAAAAAUACUGAAAAUAAUGUAGAUAAAAUGAAUUUAUCAGAAAUUCAAAAUGCAUUUCAAUGCAAUGAUAAAGAUCAACAAGAUCAAGUUAUGAUUAAAUUAAUUGAUCAAGUACAAAGUUGCAGUUUUAAUAUAUUAGAUGAUGCUGGUCCUUCUCAUGAAAAUUUAUAUUGUGAAAAUAUCAAAGAAUUAGAAGAUCUAUCUUUAGAUACAAAUGAUGUAAAUUUAUCAAAGUGUAAAAAAAAUAUAGCACCAACAUUUGAUCGUAAUAAAUAUGAGGAUCUUUCAGAAGAUAAAGACUAUGAACUUCCAAAAUUACAAAUUUUAGGUCGAGUUGAAACAGAAUUUAAAUUUACAAAUCUUUGUGAUUUUCAAUAUUUACCUAUAACUCAAAGCAAAGAAGAUCCAAAGAAAUUAGAAUGUAUAUAUGAUAAAAUUUAUCCCAGUAAUAUGCCACAUUAUUCUUGGUUAAAGAAUGAUGUGCCUUAUUUUUUACCACCAGCUGCGUUCAGCAGAAUGGACACAGUACAACAAUAUAUACCAAAAACCGAAGUAAAUUCAUCUCCAGAAAAAACUAGAAAAAGACGAGCGGGAUUUUUGAAUUUUGUUGAUUUUUCAACAGCAGAAGUUCCUUCUAAACCACCAGCAGGCAUAGAAACUGCCAUGAAAGUUAAAUUUAUUCAAAACAUACAUUUUGAACAGAUACGUCAAAUUUUUGAGGAACGACCAAUUUGGUCAAAAAAUGCAAUCAUGUAUAAAACUAAAUUUUCUUCUCAGCAAUUAAAAAUUUUAUUACCUGCAGUGUCAUAUUACUUUGUAAAUGGACCAUGGAAAAUCCUAUGGGUAAAAUUAGGAUAUGAUCCAAGAAAAGACAUUUCUGCCAGAAUAUAUCAAAUUUUAGAUUAUAGAGUGAGAGCUAUGCAUGGUUUGACAUCAACUGUUAAAUGUAAAAGAAAUUAUUCAGAAUAUACAUUACCAUAUAAAUCAACACCAGUUUCAAAACAGAAAACAAUUGUGCAAAACACAACUCCAAGUCAAGAACAAAAUUCUAAAAAAGAACAGGAUUUACAUGAAAAUGUGUAUAUCUAUCGAGAAGGAACAAUACCUCCUUCAAGACAAAUGUUUUAUCAGUAUUGUGAUGUUCUUGUGGAUGAAAUACAAGAAAUGUUAGCAAAAUUACCUGAUCCUUUACCUGGUACUAAAUGCGAUGAAAAAAGAGGCUGGCUACCAAGUGGUUUUGAUGUACAAUGUAGAGAAAUUAUUAAUAAACAAGUUCGAAUUGUUUUGAGAAAACAAAUGAAUAUUCCUGAUGAUCAUCCUACAUCUUUACCUCGAAAGCGUAAAUAUAAAAUGAAAUUAAAACGUAAUAAGUUUAAAACUAAAAAAAGAAAGAAACAAAAUAAUUCUGUCUCUAGUGAAGAAGAAAAUGAAAAAUAUGAUCAAUUUGAAUCUACUAUUAUUGAAUCAAAUACUAUAACAAAAAAUGAGUAAAUUAUAUAAAUUAUGAGUAAAAUAAGUUAAUAUAUAUAACAACAAAUUUUUAGCAACAUUUAAUUCAUACGCAUUGUCUAUAAGAUUUGGUAAAUAAGUGGAUUUUUAAAUACCUACAAUUAAAGUUUAUUCAUAAAUGUACAGAGUCUAUCUGCCAAAUAUCUAUUAAUAAAUAUCUUUACAUUAUUAUUGAUUGAUAGUAUAAUUAUGAAUAUAAUGUAAAAGAUUAUUGAAUUUCUUUGAAAAAUGAGUACAGGAAGAGUACAGUGACGAGACACAUUCCAAUGCUAUUUAUGAUUGCUCAAUAAAUAUUUUUAAUACAUGUAUAACAUGUAUGUAUAAUAAUUGUAACAUUUGUAUCGUAAUAAAAAAAUAAUUAAAUGCUUUUGAAAAAUUAUGAUUAUAGUUUUUCAAUAAUA